UCCUCAUGGGCGUUGGCGGUAGAAACUCCGCUGUACGGUAACAUGUCUUAACAUGUAACAUGUCUUAACCUUCUCCCCCAGUAUUCCCUCUGUAUUUAAGGCAACACUGCGGCCGAUGCAGACCACCAGAACUCUCCAGGCAGGGUACUGAACACUUAGGCCCCCAAACCGAAACAGCAACCUUCAGUAGUGCUGUCUACCACAGAAGAGCAGAGUGGAGUAGAGAGAGGAGAGCCAUGGAUGGACAGCAUUCGGACAGAUGUGAUAGUAAAGAGCUUGACAUUCAUCCAGGGUUUUGGAUUAAAAUGGGCUAUCCUACCCACAAUCCAUCAGACCAUGACACAACACACACACCUGAUUCACAGGUGUCAGAAGUAAGCAUGCUCAGUUUACACAUCAAGCUUUUGAACCUGAGGAGGGAAAAAAAAGAGCUACUCUACAUAAAUAAGAAAUGGGCCGAACAGUACAGUAGCCUGAAACAGCAUUUUGAACACCAGAUCACCGAACUGAACAGAAGGUUGAAAAGCUAUGAGCAGAGGAAAGAAGAGAAAGAGAAAAGGAUGGAGGACUUCUCUUCCCUUACAGAUAACACUAAAGAGAGCGCACAGGAGACUGAGCUGAAGUCUCGCCUUCAGAAGGCAGACAGAGAGAUAAAGGGGCUGAAGAGACAGUGUGACACUCUGACCAGCAGAGGGCAGCAGCAAGUGGAGGAAAUCGGGAGACUGAACAAGGUCCUGCAGAGGGCACAGAACAGCUUGGCAGUGCAGCAGGAGAGCCAACAGACAGAGGAGAACAUCUGGAAACAUCAGGCACUAGUGUAUAAAGAGGACUUCUUAAAAGAGAGGAAAGACAGGGACAAGUUAAAAGAGAAGUAUGCAGAGCUGGAGAAGAAAUACAAGAAAAUCCAUGCAGACUUACAUAUGUACAAAGCACAGGUACGGUGGGAUACAUCAACCUAUACAGGCCCCUCACCACACACGUGACCCAUGUGACCCUUUAUCUGAGUCACAUUCAGCUACACCACAAAAAGGGCACUUUAUUCAUGGA